GUUACCCAGAAGAGACCUAUCCUGUCUAUGAUAAUUCCGAUUGCUACAAGCGCAAACAGGACACAAUCCUUGUAGAUUAUCCUGACCUGAGCCAGCCCUCUGCAGAAGAGCUGGCGGAAAGAUUGGAGGGCAUGGAAGAUGAGGAGCAUCUGUGCAAUGAAACCCUGCUGGCUGAUCUCACCAUGGAAAGGGACAGUCAUGAUUUAACACCGAAAAAGGCUGAGGUUACUGGCAUCAGGGAAGAGGAGAGGGACCUUCAUCACAGCCAGAGCAUUGAGGAGUGCUGCUGUUGUUGCAAGGACGAUGAUCCUGCUGUCAUAGCGGAGAAUGCUGGAUUCCACUCUGAGAGCUGCAGCGAAGCGGAAGAGCCGAGCCAAGAGGACCUGUCUACUCUGGAGUCUGAAAAUGAAAAUGCAGCACUGAAGAAGAAGAAAGACAGUGAUUCAGCUGAAGCAGGCACACUGAGAAAGCGCAACAAGAAGGGACUUGAGUGA